AGGACACGAAAAUUUUUCAUCACAACUUCAAACAAGCUAAUUCAUGCGACAUUUAAGCCCGGAAGCGACACCUAUACCCAACGAAAACUCUACAAAUUUCCUGUGCACACCAGUUGCUGAAAAAAGGAUCAAGCAUAUUUUUCUCUUGUGAGCACAAGAAACAACAAAAAUCACUCAUAUGCGCCACAGAAUACGAUGAAGUUUUACAGCAUGAACGGACCAAGCGAAUCUGAAGUUGAAAGUCUACUUAUGAGUCCAUGCUGGGGUCCCACACAAAACGGUAGCCAGGAUCAAUACCUGCUUGAUGGCCAUAAACUGCUGCUCGAACAUGACCUUGACUCGCUGCCCAGCGAUUCCGAACAAAAAAACUCGCUAGAUGUGCUCGACAAUCUGCUAUUGAAUACGUCCUCACUAAAUGCGCUUUCCGAUCUAAAACCACUACCACCGUUCACCGGCUAUACGGGGCAUUUGUCCAUCAAUGGCAUCUCCGGACACCAUUACCAUGCGAUCGCACAGAGGCUACCUGAUGAGAGUAACAACAAUUACAUACAAAGUGCCUACCAGACGAAUCAUUCGACGACGUCGACGACGACAGGAAACGCCUCCACAAGUAUACAGUUGGCGGCGGCGACCUCGGGUACAUCACCGCUACCAUCGAUGCAGGGCAGUGGUGCUGGCGGCGGCGGUGGUGCCAACAGUCAUGGCUCUUCAGCCGACCAUAACAUUGUUUCCUCGUCUACUUGCCUGCCUGAGAGCGUGUUAAGUCCGGAUGCGGACGCCUGUCUGGGUGAUGUAAAACUCUUUGCGGAUAGUCAAUUAGAUAAUAAGCUGUACUCGAUGGCCGACAGUUGUGUAAUGUCGGCAGCUAAUUCGGGUAGCCUCGGUGGCGGCGGCAGCGGAAGCAGGAACGGCCACAACGCCAAUGGCAUGGUUGGCGGUGGUGAUCAUGGGCCAGAUUCGAUGCACAGCGGCGUACGCAUUUACACUGAUGCCAAAGACCUGUCCGAGUAUGUAGAUAUGAACUCAAUUGACGAUAUUGCAGCCAUAAUUGGCUCAGCGAUAGCCGAUACCACAGUGCCCAACCAACUGGAUAAGGAUGAUGGCAAUGAUACGCGUGAUUCCUGGAUGGAUCUGGAUGCGUGGAUCGAUGGAAAUUGUAUACAACAGGAUGGGAAGCUACUGGUGUCACAACAGGAUACGCUCAGCGAAUUCAUCUUGCCACACUCACCCGUGCACCCGAGCAGUUCGACGCUACAAAGCUUGCUGACGCACGGUUACAUGCCUUUACUGCACAACCGACUGCAGAAUGGCCCACCACAACAGCAACAGCAUUCAGCCAAUACGACGGCGUUAAAAAGUGAAGCGCCCAGUUCUACCUCAUACUGUAACGAGCUGCCCACAGCGUCGUCUACUUCCAGUCCACCGGGAUCCGUGGUGUCAACCACGGACAAUCUGAUGAUCAAUCCGCGCUAUCUAACCAAUCAACAUCAAUACCAAGUCACUAUGUCGUCGAUGAAGUCCGACGGUCUCUGUAGUCCCGACAUGCUUGGAAAUUAUCCACAUACGACGACAAUUACACCCACCGGCACACCGAAAACGAAACGGUCACGCUCUCAAAAGAAAUCCAGUCAACAGCAACAGGCGCAAGCGAACGCACAGUCCAACAGCAGUAGUGGCGUUCUCGGACCGCAACAACUUAACGCAAUUUCACCAUCCUCCGUCAGCUUUAGCGCCAAUGACCUUUCCGGUUUGUUGGGCAAAGAGAAACCCGUACAUCGGUGUAGUAUCUGCAAUCGAGGCUUCCUCAACAAGAGCAACAUCAAGGUACACCUGCGAACGCAUACGGGCGAGAAGCCAUUCCGUUGCGACGUCUGCGCCAAAGCGUUUCGACAGAAGGCGCACUUGCUCAAACAUCAACAGAUACAUAAGAGAAUUGGGCGUGACUGACACGAUGCGCGCGAGGAUCACGAACAACAACAACAAACUGUUGCCGUGAUGCAAGCCAACAUGCGAGCGUUCAAGCCCAAAUCUACAAAAUCGUUGCGUCUAAGAGUGAACUGAAUGUGUGUAAGUGUGUAAAUGAUGGCGUUGAAGGGGUAGCUGUAGCGUGGCUAUCUGAAAUGGUUGCCGGGCUGGAGCUAUGCCCACAGCCGACACACAUCAACACUCUCAGAGGCAGCGUAGUGUUCAUUAAAGGUCUUGAAACGAUAGCACAACUGGAGUGUAAGAGUGCAGCUGCUGAGCGGGCUACAAGUCAACUCUCAGUCAAUCAACUCCAGUGAGUGUUUCGUACUUCAAUGUCCUUUAAUGAGCAUGUGCGUGUUACGAAUUCCUUAAUAAGAGCCAUAUUCGACAAAAUGAGGUAAGUGUUUUCUGCAUAUUAAUUUGACUACACUUGACAAACACUUGCAGUCCAUUGGAUAAGAGUAUAAUCUUUUGUAGUUUAGUUGGUAAUGAAAAUACUUUGAUACAAUUUCAUAUUCAUAAGUGGUGUUGUUUUUGGAAUACGCGACACGCACUCAAUAUUUGUUAUUCGUUGUUGUUGGUUGCUUUUGAUCUCUUUAGUUUUACUCUUUGUUAGUUGAAUCUAGUUACUUAGUUGAUGAGUAGUGGGCUGGAAUUUAUGUACAUAUACAUAUUGAAUAGGGGUAGGUCCCUCUAAAAAUAAGUCUAGAGAAAUAUAUUUAGAACAUUUGAACCAGAUAAAAACUAUUGAAAUUGUAGCAUUAGCAGGCAAGUAUAUUUAUGGAUAGCAAAAGUUCUAAGUAAACAUCACUUGGUUUUAGCUUUGAAAUUUGUUUCCAAUUUAUGUUAAAGACUUGGUGUAUGCAACACCCAAAAAUCCAAAAAUCUGCUAUGAAAGCCAGUACAUCUCGUAGACUUCCU